AUGGCGUCACAAGUGCUGGCCACAUAUGACGUAGUGAUGGCGUCGGCGCACGAUUGUGAUUUAUGGCAUCAACUCGUGUGGACUCCGACGCUUCCCGAUGCCAACGGUCAACAGUCGCUUUUCGUGUUUGACAAUAUGCAAAUAGAGGCAAUCAGCGAGCGAGGCUGGGACCCCCUCGUCGAGCUACAGAAGUCGACGGACCUGUCGGGCUGGCCCUUCACCGACCCCGUCCAGCAGCCACUCAUCUGGCGAGCCGCCGCUCGGCUGCUGCGCCGAUUCAACCUGCCCUCUCUCAUCUCCAUUGGAGUGGAAAAACACCCGCACAAGCAAGGCGCCAGCAUACUCUCGAUCGGCCAUCCGAAACUUCUGCUGUCUCCCCGUGUGGGCAACCGGUCUGUGAAGUGGUACUACGGCGCGGUGAUGCACGCCCUGUCCCCGUUCCGCGAGCGCCUUCUUAUACCGGUGUUCGCCGUCGAAGUGUCCUCCUUCGAGAGCCGCCUGGCCAACAUGCUGCGCGCCCAGCCCAAGAUGGCCGUCCAGAAGCUUGCCGACCAUCCCGAGCUGACUGAGUUUCUGAGCCUCGCCCUCGAGAACAUCACGCAUGUGACCAAGUCCACCGAGUUCUUGGUCAAAGACGUGGAUUUCCUCGACGACCUCCUGACGGCCAUCAAGCAGACGGCUCCGCACAUCGUGCUCAACUACCUCGGUUUCCGCGAAGUGGUGUUGGCGUCGCCUUUCCUGCCUUCCAAGCUGCAGGCCCUGAGUGCGCUGGGCAGGUCUCCCUCCCUUCGCAAGGAGAUCUGUCUGCGCGUGGUCGCCGAGUCACUCCCCGUCAUGUCACUCUACGCCGGAUUCAACGCCUUCAAGCUUGGACUGCACAACUUUAAGGCUGCAAACAUCACCGCAGCCACGAAAGACGCCGUGUCUUCUUUCGUCAGGAAGAUUAACUGGAUGGAUGACGCGACCAAGACCCGGGUGUCGAAGAAGGUGCUGACUAGCCGCGUAAGGGCCUUCUAUCCCGACUGGAUAAUCGACAAGUUCAAGGUUUUCGCCCAGUACGAAAACGUUCCGAUGGUAACAGAGAACGAGGGCCUCCGUUCGUACGCGUCCAUUCGGAAGGCGCUCUUUGAGAACACGCUGAGGACGCAAUCAGCCAACGUCGACGAUAGGUGGCUGGGUACCAUCCUAGAUCCGGAUUGUUCUUUCGACGCAAAAGGAACAAACAUCUAUGCUCCUGUUUCGUUCUGGAACGUCUCCCAUCCUUCACACGACAACUUCCUCAUGGUUCACAUGCCGGACAUUCUUCCCAAGAUCUCUCGAUGCCUCGUGUCUCAAGUUCUGCGAGAAGGAACCGGUGAUCACGUGAGCCCUUACUCAAAGCCUGCCUGGUCUGACGUCACCAAGAAGCACUUCCAGAAAACUCGGGAAUGCUUCGCCAAGCAGUUGUCCGAGACGGCGAGCCAAAACGCUUCAGAGACGGAGAUACUCUCAGUGGUCGCUGACUCCGCUGCCAUCAGCCCGAGUUUCAGGAUCUACAAGCAGUUUGUGAACCAGAAGAACAUCGAUGUCAAGAGCUUCGUGAAGGCCUUCAACAUGGACGUGGACCAAUUUUUCUUCGUUUCUUAUGCAUCGAGCUACUGUGGGAGCUCUCCAGCUGUGAAGCCUUCCCAGCACAGCGAGGUGACCAUCCGGGACAGGCAUGUGCUUUGA